UGUGUUUCGGACCGCCGACGCGACCGGACGUGCUGUACCGAUUUUCGGAAUUUGUGCCGUAUACCGUAAACGCUACUGUGUUGUGAACUGUGUGUGUAGAUUGAAAUGUGAGUGUCCUGUGCUUACUCUGUGGCUAUGUGGUUGUUCUGGUGAUCGGACAUAGGUGUGUGUAGCGUGCGGUGUAUGCGCGGGUGUGAGCGGGGAAUGCGCGCGGGGGCGGGGCGCUAGCGAUGCUUCGAGCGCAGCCCGUCGCGCGUCUCCUGCUGCUGUGUCUGACGCACCUCUCGCCGCCUGGUGCGUGCGACGUGGCGGGCGGCGCGGGUUCCGUGAACUCCCUGCCGGCGCUCGGGAGCGCGCGGCUCACGCCGUCGUUCGACGCGUCCACGCCGAGAAACGUCACCGCGCUAGUUGGAAAGUCCGCCUACCUCAGCUGCCGCGUGAGAAACCUCGGGAACAGAACGGUGUCAUGGAUCCGGCACCGCGACCUUCACAUCCUGACGGUCGGCGGCUACACGUACACGUCGGACCAGCGCUUCCAGGCGACGCACUCGCCGCACACGGACGACUGGACGCUGCAGGUGAAGUGGGCGCAGCAGCGCGACGCCGGCGUCUACGAGUGCCAGAUCUCCACGCAGCCCGUGCGCUCCUUCUUCGUCACGCUGCAUGUUGUCGUGCCGUCAGCGCGGAUCCUGGGCGGGCCGGACCUGCACGUGGACAUGGGCUCCACCAUAAACCUCACCUGCCUCAUCCAGUUCAGCCCGGAGCCGCCCGCCUACAUAUUCUGGUACCACGAGGACGAGGUGAGCGGACGAAAACAGGUGAUCUCGUACGACUCGUCGCGCGGCGGCGUGUCCGUGGUGACGGAGAAGGGCGCCGCCACCACGUCCUACCUGCUUGUGCAGGACGCCGCGCCCUCCGACUCGGGCCGCUACUCCUGCGCCCCGUCCAAUGCGGAGCUGGCCUCCGUGCGCGUGCACGUGCUCAACGGCGAGCGGCCGGCCGCCAUGCAGACGGGCUCGGCGGGGCUGUCUGACAGCUCGUGCGCCAUCGCGCUGCUGCUGGCCGCCUGCGUGCUGCACGCGCGGCUGCUGCGCGCGCAGCUCGCCAGCUGAUCGGACGCGCGCCCGCCUCGCCCGCCUCGCCCGCCUCGCCCCGGCCCGCCCGCCGAAUGAUCCCCCGCUGCGAACCCAGCGGCUACGAGAGAAAACCUAGUUUUCCGACUAUUAACAUAUUAUUAAUAUUAUAUAGAUAAAUUCUAAGAUUUUUACGAGCGAAAUGUACCGUCGGGUCGACGAGCUCGACGUCACGGACGUUCCCUUCGUCGCCGGACGAGCUAGAGAGCGUGCGUUCUUCCAUUGCGCUACGCUCGAGGCAGCCAUGCGUCAGGCGUCUCGUUGCGGCAGAAACAAUGAUUCAAUGGAGCGAAACCGACCCUCGCGCACCGCGACACUCGUGCAGAGUAUGUAACUGUUACAAUUAAAUAACGGCGUAUAUAAUUGUGAUAAUUACUGUCUCAGACGCGCACAGAAGGGAGCGUCUCUGGAAUUAGAUUUUUGUAAGUUUUCGCUCCAGUUAGGAAUUGUAAAUAAAAUACUAUAAAAACAUCGAGAUGUAAAUGUAGCGACUUAGAGGCCGCGGGUCUCGACGGAAGUGCUGCGAAUUGCACGCUUUGCACCUUAUAACAUUUCGGAGCAAAACGUGGCAUACCCACUAUUCACUAUGUUAUUAUGAGAGGACAUAAAGUCGAUUGCAGCUGUGACAAAGUGCGCAGGAGGUAUGCACGGCUCGUUUUCACGUUUUAUUCUCUCGAGACUUGUAUGAAAGCGCACGUGACUCGAGCUGCAAUCUUCCUCCACACAAAAUUAAACCGACUCGUAAUACGUAGUGUCAUCCCGGAAUCCACGACUUCAUAUAAUGUACUCUAUUAUUAUAAAUGUUAAAUUGUUUUAUCUGUUUAAAGUUUUAAAACCUAAGGUUUUAAAAAAUUGUUGGACGAAGUCAGACGUAUUAUAUCUAGGUGAAGUUAUAUUAAAUGGAACUAAUUAUUACGGAAGAGAAUUCGAUUAGAGCUCAAGGUUUAAUAUCUUUUGUCGUUUUAAGCUGGGCUUGUAGUGCGGCUUCAGUGAGGAACAACAAGGCGCGCGGUAGCUCAGUACAAACUCAUUGAUUACUCCAUUCCGAAUAUCCAUCGUUGUUGUUUGUGAUAAAGAUAAAUUUAUUUAUUUAUUAAGAGGUUCAUAGUAGUUCAAUUGUUAGAAAAUGUUUUGCAAACAAUCGCAUAAAAGUCUACCAACAUGUAAGACAGUGAGUUUGCAUUUCUGGCCUAUCACGAUAAUUUGUGAUAAAAUCUAGAAAAUCUUCAUUGUCAUUCUGAUGACAUAUAUUUGUUUUCUUUACAAAUUUAACAGCAACAAGCUAGCAAGUUCUUUAUUAAACCCGAAUCUUGUAUGAUGUUUAUACAUUAUUAGUAUAUUAUUUAAUUUAGCAACAGGGAUUUGAUGUGAUCUAGAAAAAUAUUAUGUAAUAAACAACUUCGUAAAUUGUCACAAGAGUUCGCUCCAAUAUCCGCCAGGUGUCGCACGAAUCGUUUUUAAGUAAUUUGUUGUUUAAAAAGAGGAUCUCGACAAUUUAGUGGCGCGUUUCAAAGAGCUGUCAUUAUCACUCCCUUACGUUUUGUAAAUGAAUUUCUCAUUUCAACCUUUUAAGGGUUCCACAGAACCUUCAGGCGGAGCCUCCACGGGCGGGACCGCUUGUGUUUAUUUCAAUGAAGGAAUACUCGCUGUUCAAACAGGUUUCGUUAAAUAUAGAAAUUCAGAGUUAAUUAAUUGUAUGCGAAAGUAGAAGACUAAUGUAAAAGCGCAUUAUAAUUUAAUUUGUAAAUUAUUAAUCCAUAUGCAACUUCUGCCUCCUUCUAGUUAAGCAGGUGGUUGAUAAUUCAAAACAGAUUUUUUGAAACGAAUAAUAAGAGGCUCCAAAAUAUCAUCAAUAACAGCGUUAGCACAAAACUUGACAACUAUUCAAAGCAUAUUGUGAAUAAGACGAUUCUCAUUUAAACUGUAAGUACUAAAUGGGAUGUAAGAUGAUAAAUAAACUUAAGUAUAUACAGUAUGUUAUUAUGUAAUUGUGUAAACUCAUCUUAAUACACACACGAGGAUACAGUGAAAAAUGUUUACACUGUGCACAUCUUUUGUAAGGAACAACAUCGCAAUAUUAACGACUUAAACACGAAGAUAAGAAACAAUUGUAUGUUUAAGAAUUAUUUAGAGAAUUGAUUUUAUAUUUCUAUUGUUAAAUGCAUUGAUCGAACUGUUGUUAAAACGCGCCGAUGAAUAAAACAACUUUUAAAUCAACUACAUUUUGUUUUAUUUGGUUGUAUGCUUUGAUAAUAUUAUCAUGAGAAUUAAAUGAGAUAAACAUUGAUAGAUUGGUAAAUAACGAUAAAGUAAACUAAGUGUUUUAACAACAGGUCAAACAAUGAUUAGAUACGCACGACGAACGUCGGCCGGUUGCGCGCUCUGCGUGCCUACUUUGUAAGUAAUCGGCUAUAUUGUAAAUGUUAAAGCGAAUUAACAUCUUUGUAUAGAAUAACGGUGUAAAUAUAACUAUGAUAAGAAAAAUUUUACAAUAAAAUCGAUUUAAGUAGAGACACUUUCAGAUGUACGAUAAGAAGACUAUGUAAACAAAACUAUAUGUAUACAUAAAUCGUAUAAGUUUGUUUUCAAAUAAAAUA